UCGCGAGAAAUUGGAAUGAUUAGGAAGCGCUGAACCUUUUAAUAAACGAAACUCAGAUGCCCUCCCCCCACGUCUAAACAGUUCCAACUGCCGUCAACUGUUGAACCGUUUCCUUCUCGACACCCUCAAGACUUUGAUUCAGAUGCCUUCCUUAGUAACGUCAAACAGGGUGUCAAGUUGUUCUCUCGUCAACGUUCACAAGUUGAACGCAGCACGCCAUCUACACGGAACCACGUCUACAUCAACGAUCGCAGCAAUUCCAGAUGAACUGCUGUCCGCUAUCUUUCAUGUCGCAACGCACGAUUUUCAUGACUGUUAUGACGCUAUAUUUCAGGCUACUACAAUCUCUCAUGUCUGCCAACACUGGCGAAACGUCUCUCUUUCAACCGCAUCACUAUGGACCGUCAUCGUUCUCACCUUUCCUACUCGUCGCAAUCAACUCUUUCGUACUAUCGACUGGCUUGUGCGUUCCCGUUCCCGCCCGUUGCAUCUAUACAUGGAUUUCCGUGAUCUAGCAUGGAAUUGGGACGAAGCAUCCCACUGCUUCGGCUGGAAAAAUAUGGAAAAUGUUAUGCGACUUAUCUUACCCCAUGUCCACAGGUGGCAGAAGGUCGAACUUCUCACAGAUACCUGGGCUCCUAUUUUUACCUUCCUCUCCUAUACAUCCCGCAUAAAAUCAGCUCCUAUGCUACAAGAUGUCAUUCUUUCCCGCUGUAACGCCUUCUUUGCUGCAAAGGGCGAGCUCUUCCGCCCUUCUGCGAUGAGGCAACCUGUGUCCUGGUUUGGGGGAGGUUCUGCGUUUCACAGCCUUCGUCGGGUUUCCCUUGCCGGUGUGCACGUGAACUGGACAAAUUCAGGAUUGUCUGGUCUGUUGGAACUCGAACUCAAGUAUCACGCGAGCGAGGUGAUGCCGACAUUGCUGGGGUCCUCAGAUAGACGUAGACGUCGCUGGCCAAGCAGCGCACUCUCCACCUUCCUCAUUUGCGACACUUCGCAUUUGGAUUUAUCGACGUCGAUUAUGCUAUCGAUCUUCUGUCGCUCUUUCACUUCACUGCCCUCAGAACGCUUUCGCUGGAGGAUAUUUCCUCCUCACUAGAUCCGUCCCACCCAUGCGAUGCAUCUCGUCUUCUGGAAUACCUCACGGCAGCUCACCACGGGUCUUGUACAACCUCGUCUCAUUCAUUCCCAUGCUCAACAUG